UAGUUGCAGGAAAAAUGGAUCGAUACGUUAUUAGGGAGCCAAGAGUUGCUGCAGAUUAUCCACAGGGAAAUCAAAUGAUUCAUUUUCCAGUGAAUGCAGGGAGAAACAAUAUGAUAACUUCAGAAAAUGUCUACUAUUCUCCAAGUGGGUCGUAUGCGCAUCAAUUUACCAACAUACAAAAUGCGCCAAAUUCAAGCUACCAUGAUGUUAAUGCAAUGAACUCGCCAGCUUUUGGACAAAUUAACAUGGGCCCUGGUCAAACUCAAAUGGUGACAGGAAUUGAUCCUCGUUACUUAGCGAACUAUUCGGAUAACCGCGCUCAAUACAUAGUAACAGGUCAACAGAUGCAAGUAGAACCAAGUGCAGCACCCGUCGAUACCGGAUUAGGAGCUAAUUACUUAAACUCUAACUUUGGAGGAGCUGAUAGGAACAAAGUUAAAACUUUCAUUCCACAGGUCUUAACACAUAUUAAUAGUGGACCAUAUACGGAACCACUGAAAAGUAAGACAUUGUACGAGGGAACUUCAAAAACUCCGUUCCAAACCCAGCAGCAUUCACAGACAAAUAUGCUACAGAAUGCAAUCAAUGCCAAAUGUGUGAGUAUAAGAUCUGGAGAGUCUUGCGCAAAAAACCUUGUAAUAAGGGAUGACAACGGACCAGCAAUGCAAGUCGUUUAUUAUGAGAUCGAUUUCAUGCUACCAGAGUUAAAACUUCCUUCUACUGUAAGGCAUAAAGUAGUGGUUAUCACGGGUGCUGCGCAUGGAAUAGGUGCUCAAAUUGCUGAAGAUCUAGUAAAAAUAGGAUCGACUGUUAUUGGGUUCGAACCAACAGACGAAAAAGUCGAAGAAAUGUUGACUAGAAUGAAUAGUUGGGGCAAUUUUGAAGGACAAUUAAUACCCUGUAAAUGUGAUGUGUCUAAAGAAGAAGAUGUAAAGAAUGCUUUUGAAGCCACAAAAGCGACCAUAACAUCUAUCAAUGAAAUUCUUCGUCACGAAUUCCGCUUCUUAAAGGCUAACAUAAAAGUAACAAAUAUUGCUUGUGGAAGAAUUGAAGGAAUAACAGAAAUGGAAACAGAUGAUCCAAAACUACAAGUAAAGGAUGUGGCUAAAAGUGAGGCUUAUGAAGACCCACUUAGAAAACGGUCAAAUGCAUCAGGCACAGUGAGUAUAAUCACACAUGAUGAAGUUGGUGGUAAAAAACAUAGAAGAGUGGAAGAACCUGAAAUUGAAUGGAGUGAUCUAAUUUUUCUUCCGUUUCAUCCGGUGUUUAAGUUGUUCGUGCUCGUGGCUGUCCUUAUCAAAGUGAUGCUGUAUCAACACAAACUCAGGGAUAGGCUUUACAGUUCAAGAAUGUUUAUGACUUCCAAUAGUAAAAUUUUUGCUGACUUUCAAGACACUCGAUCGUUAUCUGUUGAAGGCAUUUUCUGGGGAGAUCCGGAGUCUAGGUGGCGUGGGAGCAGUGUCACGAUGGAUUUUUAUGAUGAUCAGUGCAUUCUGUGA